AUGCACCGGAAAUAUGGGCCUAUCGUGCGUGUGAAUCCCAACGAGGUGCACUUCAACGAUCCAGAGUUCAUCGACACUCUGUUCCCUCUCUCUGGCAGAAGAACGAACAAGCCAAUUCAGAUUGGGAAACGCACAGGAACGCCCGAUUCCAUGGUCACAACAGUCGAUCACGACGUGCAUCGUCGCCGCCGCAACGCCGUAAACGCCUUCUUCUCCAACAACAGCAUACGCAGGAUGGAACCCAUCUUACAGGAGCGGCUGCGCACACUGCUCCGGCGGAUCCGCAGCGGCGAGCCUAACAAGGCGCUGGAGAUGCAUCCAGUCUUCAGGGCGUGCACCAACGAUGUCAUCACGACCUACGCCUUUGGGCGCUCGCUUGGUUUGUUGGACCGUGCCGACUUUGGCGUUCCAUAUUUCGAGGCGAGCGACGUCUUUUUCCGCCUGGAGCACCUCUUUGGCCACUUUCACUGGCUGGCGGAUCUGGUACAGGCUUUACCGUUCUGGCUGGUUCCGAUGCUUUUUCCUUCGCUACAGGAGCUGGUCGCCAAGCAGGCCUGGUGGAUGGACCGGAUCCGUGAAAUCAGGGGCUCAGCAGACAUGUCCAAAGCCAAGGAUACGAUUUUCCAGGGCAUUCUGAGCGGCGGAUUGCCUGAAGAGGAUGUGACCGACAAGCGCCUCUUAGCCGAGGCGCAGCUCAUAGUUUUUGCGGGCGAGGGCACCACAGCAUACACACUCACCGCGGCCAUGUACGAGCUUCUCGCCAACCCUCCCGUGCUCGAGAAGCUCCAGCGCGAAUUGGCCGAGGCCAUCCCUGACAGGGGCACGAUGCCCUCCUUCGUCCAGGUGGAGAGCCUCCCUUAUCUCAAUGCAGUGAUUCAGGAGACAGUCCGGCUGCACCCGGGCGUCAUGGCCCGCCAGGCGCGCAUCUCGCCCGACCUAGCCAUCACAUACAAAGGGAAAUACACCCUCCCGCCAGGAACCAUUUUCAGCAUGUCACCGCUUACAACGCAUAUGAAUGCCGAUGUGUUCCAGGAUCCCCAUGUGUUUCGGCCUGAAAGAUGGAUCGAUAACCCGAGAAUUGGGAGGGCAUUCCUGGGGUUUGCUCGAGGGUCCAGGAACUGCGUAGGGUGA